GCACAGAAACCACUUUCACCAGAAAACAAAAAAAAGUAAACUGUUGGAAUCUUUGAUUCUUCUUCAGCAUUAUGAAGUCUAUAACCAACUGCUUCUGCUUGUCCAAAGCUAAACAAGCUGCAGGUUUUGAUAACCAUGCAAUUCUUGCUUCUGAGACUGCUUUUAAUGUGAAUGAAGUAGAGGCUCUCCACAGCCUCUUCGAGCAACUAAGCUGUUCGAUUAUAGAUGAUGGUCGAAUUCACAAGGAAGAAUUCUUGCUUGCACUUUUCAAUUGCAGCAGCACCAAGAAUCUCCUAGCAGAAAGGUUGUUCACUCUGUUUGAUCUAAAGAAAAAUGGGGUGAUAGAAUUUGGAGAGUUUGUUAGGACACUAAACAUCUUUCACCCAGAUACUGCAGCACAAGAUAAAAUAGAAUUCGCAUUCAAACUGUACGAUCUCAGGCACACCGGCUAUAUAGAACGAGAAGAGUUGAAGGAAAUGGUGGUGGCUACUCUCAGAGAAUCGGAACUGUCACUUUCAGAAGACGAUGUUGAAGCAAUAGUCGACAAGACACUACAGGAGGCAGAUUUGAAUGGAGAUGGGAGAAUAGACUUAGAAGAGUGGAAAGAAUUGGUGGCCAAGUAUCCUUCCCUUACAAAGAACAUGACUCUUCCACAUCUAAGGUUAGUCGACCAUCACGACUCCCAUUUCUCAGCACAACAAGCUGAACCUAACGACACCUUAAUUUCUUGUUCGAAUCACAGGGAGAUAACUCUAGCAUUUCCAAACUUUGUCAUGGAGACUGAAGUAGUAGACUCGGAGCUGGUCUGUUGAAACCACAAAACCAAUUUCUUUCGUGGAAGAAAAGGGCGAUUUUCGCCAGAGCAGUAGCACUAUAUGUUCAGUUAAUUGUAUAAUAUAUUGUGUUUCUCAACACCAGGCUAUAUUGCAAAGUUAGGACUAUAUUACUAUUUUGGUCUGUGACUUAGUGUGAUUCAAGUUGUAAACUAUACCAUUUUCAUUUCUCAAUGAAUUGUAAUACAAAUGCUUUUUCUA